UGCCACUGCCUGCAGUCCCCCCACCUCCUGACCCCGACCUGCUGGACCCGUGUCCGGACAUAACAGUGCUCUUCCGCCAUUACAACGACCUCUACUUUCAAGGCCGCCUGGGGGCGUGCCUUGUCGAGUGGAGCUCCAAACGAAUGACGCUGUGUGCGGGCGUGUGCAUGUACGAUGGGGCGCUGUGCCGCAUCCGGCUGUCGGCCCCGCUGCUGCAGUACCGCCCCGUGUCGGACCUUAAAGCCACGCUGCUGCACGAGAUGAUCCACGCCUUCAUCUUCCUCUGCCGCCCCUCGCACUCCCGAGAGGACCACGGGCCCAUGUUCCAGGGCAUCAUGGGGACCAUCAACACCAGCACUCUGCACGACCAUCAGCGCCCCCCUGGGGGCUACCAGAUAUCCAUCUACCACUCGUUCAAGGAUGAAGUCAACGUGCACAGGCGCCACGCCUGGCAGGUGCAGUGGGGGAGAGAGAGAGAAGAUGUCAUGGUGUCAUGGUGUGUUGGGGGGGAGAAGGGUGGGGGGGUUCUGAGACGGUCUCAACACGUGCCCCCCCCCCCCCUGGGGGCUACCAGAUAUCCGUCUACCACUCGUUCAAGGAUGAAGUCAACGUGCACAGGCGCCACGCCUGGCAGGUGCCCUGGGUGGGGAGGAGGGGGUGUCGUGGUGUGUGGGGGGGUUGUAGGGGGAGUGGAGGGGGGUGUGGGGGUGUGGUGA